GCAGGAUGGCAACCGAAAGACACCAAAAAAUUCCCUAGGUCACUGUUACGUAAACUGUCAAAAGUCUAAUUUUUCGAUUUACCCUGAAUGAGGUAUUUACGUGUAGGGUUUUAGGCUUACUCCCAGGUUGUAUGCCCAAAAAUUGAUUUUGGUCAGUUCUGGUUAUUAAUUUAACCCUAAUUUAUUUGACGGCCUAGCACCCUAGAACAACAUGGCUGCUACAGUAGGACGGAUUUGCGGAGCUGGCCUCUUAAAAUCGGCUAAUGGGGCCUCUGUAACCCAAAUAUCUUCGUUCUCUACAAGUAGAGAAUGGACCAGAGGAAGGAAAGCACUUAUGGGUACAUUGGGGAUGUUAGCUGGUGGAACAGGUGCUUUGUUGUUUGCCCUGGAUAGAUCAGUUAAAGCUUCUGAUUUAGAAUUGCAUCCACCAAAAAACCCAUGGAGUCAUGAUGGAAUUCUUAGUUCGCUUGAUCAUGCAGGUAUAAGAAGAGGCUACGAAGUAUACAAACAAGUGUGCGCUGCGUGCCACUCCAUGCGCUUCAUCGCCUACCGUAACUUGAUCGGCGUGUCGCACACCGAGGCCGAGGCCAAAGCCGAAGCCGAAGAAAUCAUGGUCACAGACGGACCCGAUGAGCUUGGCAACAUGUUCAAACGCCCAGGAAAACUUUCCGACUACUUCCCGAGCCCCUACCCCAACGAAGAGGCAGCGCGCGCAGCCAACAACGGCGCCUAUCCACCCGAUCUUAGCUACAUUGUUGAUGCACGUCACGGAGGUGAAGAUUAUAUCUUUGCCCUGUUGACUGGAUACUGCGAUCCCCCGGCCGGCGCAGUUAUCAGAGAGGGUCAAUACUUCAACCCCUACUUCCCGGGUGGCGCCAUUUCCAUGGCUCAAGCGCUCUACAAUGAAGCCAUGGAGUACACCGACGGUACUCCAGCCACUGCCAGUCAAUUGGCCAAGGAUGUGUCCACUUUCCUUAAAUGGACAUCCGAGCCAGACUUUGACGACCGCAAGAGGAUGUUCAUUAAAGCCGUAGGAAUAUUCUCCAUCCUUAUUGCACUUACAUACUACUUGAAGCGACACAAGUGGUCAUCGAUCAAGACCCGUAAGAUUGAAUUUAAACCAAGAAAUUAAACCAAUUCCUGUAGAAAAAGUUUCUUACUUUAGCGUGACUAAUUAUGUUAUAGGUAUGAAUUAUUUAAUUAAGCGUAUUUUAAUUGUAUAUAAUAAUUUAAUACACACUCCUUUGGUAUAACAGCAUUAAAACUGACAUGUUACCAUUUUAAAGUACUUUGUUUAUAUCAUUUUCUGUAUACAUGUAAUUGUCACGUUAUUUGUUACAUUAAAUUAUAAUAAAAAUGCC